AUGCCACCACCAAACACCCCCGCCGGCGGAGAAGCCCCCCCAGGAGCAGUUGACGUAACAACCCUCUCCGUACCACAACUCCGCACCCUCCAAUCACGACUCAACUCAGAACUCGAGCAAUUAACCAAUUCACACGCAAAACUUCGCGCCGCACAAUCCAAAUUCCGCGAUUGUGUUCGAACAAUUAAUGAUGGUGUUGUUGGGAAGCAGUCGAAAAAUGCUGGCUCUGGUGCUGGUGACGGCAUUCUUGUACCAUUGACCAGUUCGUUGUAUGUGAAGGGGAGAAUGGCAGAUAGACAGAAGGUGCUUGUGGAUGUCGGAACAGGAUUUUAUGUUGAGAAGACCACUGCGAAGGCUACCGAGUUUUACAAUAAGAAAGUCAAGGAUUUGGAAGCGAACAUCUCCGAUCUGGAAAAAAUAGUUCAAGGGAAAAGUACAAAUUUGAAGAUCAUUGAGGAUGCUCUUCGACAAAAGGUUCUGAGCGGCGAAGCUGUCACAGCUCCUGCUGGCUAA